GGCGCGGCUGCACGGACCAGAGUCCAAAUCCCAAAUCUGUGUUUUGACUUGCCCUGGGAAAGUUGCGCGUCAAAGGACGGAGGACUUUAAGGACAUCCCACCACCUCCUCCUCCUCCUCCACCACCACCAGCACGCAUCAAGUUCAACUCUCCAAAACGCAUUAUUAGUAUUCUUCCUCCUCCCGUGGACCGGAUCAGUCGCUCUUGUCUCUGGGAGAGGGAUCCGGAUUUGGGUGUUUGUUGUUGGGGCUGGCUGCAGAUAAGAUGGGAUGGACGAGUUAACGGAACAGAUGGACUUCUCAGGAGACUUGUCAGGAGAAAGGGUUGUGACAGAAACUAUAACCACCACUAGGAGACUGACUACCCUCCCUCCAAAGGGAACCGGAGGAUCAAAUCACAGGAUUAUGUCCAGCAGCGCUGGUGGGCUGGGCUUGGAGAAGAAUGUCUUAACCCAGAACAGCGGUGGAACCUAUUUCUCCUCAUCCUCUGUAGGUGUGAACACCAACAGCUACAACUCCUCCUCAGGAGUUUACCUGGGGGGUGACUCCUCAGGGGGAGGCGAUGGAGGAUUGGGGGCUUUCUUGGAUGGAGAUGGGUACGGAAGCGGAAGCGGAGGAGGAGGAGGAGGAGGAGGAGGAGGAGGAGGAGGAGGAGGAGGAGGAGCAGGAAGCGGGGGAGGUUUCAUCGUGAGCUCGGUGUCAAAGGUCAGGUCCAGCUCGUCUGGGGGGGGCAGGAGAACGCAUGCCACUGGCUCAUCAGGAGGCCUGUCAACUGGUUUCCGAGAGAGGACGAUCAUAAGCAGCCGCUCGGGAGGUUAUGACGGAAGUUCCAGUGCAAAUUCCUCCCCGGAAUUUACUCGUAAAGAUUAUGGGAACUACUGCUCCAGCAGCGCGAGAGGGAGGAGCGAAAGCAGAGAGAGCGAGAUCAGAGCCAGAUUACAAAGUGCCUCUCCCACGCCUGGCAGAUGGACGGAGCUGGACGACGUGAAGAAGCUGCUGAAGGGACGCUCCAACAGCGUCAGCCCCACCCGCUCGUCCAGCGCCUCCACCACUGUGCCUGUCCCGAAAAAGGCCAGCGCGGAAGCCAAGACCGUCUCUGUGGCCACGCAGUCGGUGACUUCUGCAUAUGGCUCUGCUGGGAGAUCUGCUGCAUUCAACACCAUUGAUGCUUCAGGCCUAUAUAAUACCAGUCUGGCAUCUGGGCAGUAUGAUACUGGUGUAAAAUCGGGCCAGUACGAUGUCACUCUGUUAUCAAGCCAAUAUGACACCGGUUUGAAAUCAGGACAGUUCGACACUGGUGCAAAAUCAGUCCAAUAUGAUUCCCUGAAGUCAGGACAGUAUGAUACUGGUGUUAAACUGAGCCAGUACGACACCAGUGUGAGGUCAGGUCAGUACGGCGGCAGCAUGAGAUCAGGUGAAUAUGACAUGCUGGACGCUGUACUUCCAUCUUUCUCCUGGUCCACCGCCACGCUGCCCUCCCCCUCCGUCAUGGUGGUCCCUGGAACCACCAGCAGCAACUCGUACCAGGUCGGCACCAACAACAGGUCUGGAGGCAUCUCGCCGCUCGGCCCCACCUCGCCCUCGUCCCUGUCAGUUUACGGCUUUCAGAACAAUCUGGCGCCAGCCAUGAGCACCGUGCUCACCACCAAUGCAGCCAAUGUCAGCACUAACGUUGGAGGUUAUGGCGUUCAGAAGAAUGUGUCAGCUGGGAGCGGAUUCGUCAGCUCUGGAGUUUCUACAGUCACUCGUUCUCAAACUGAUGAAACGAAUAGGAGCAAGUUCAUUGUCUCUGAUAAAGAGAACUUUUCAGCCAAGAGGGAAACGGAGGGUUUCAUUCUGGCUAAAGACAGCGGGAAGCAGUUCACCAGCAGCAGCACCGCCCUUUUAGGAGGAGGGUCACUUUCGGGAGAUUCAAUAAAGAAAGAGAAGUUUAUUUCCAGCUAUGGUGAGAAGGCUUCACAGAAGACUGAGAUGGCCAACUACGGAUCCUCUGGAGUUGUAAUGAAAGACAAAGCCACCUAUGCAGAGAUCCACAAGGACAGCGGCAUCUUCGGCGGUGGUGGAUUCUGUUGCUGCUCCGACGCUUGCUGCUCCUGGUGGAAAUGGCUGCUGGGCCUUCUCCUCCUCUCCCUCCUCCUGUUGGGACUCCUCUUCGGCCUCAUCGCGCUGGCUGAGGACGUGAGGAAGCUGAAGAACCGAGUGGCGUCCCUGGAGGCCGAGUCGUCUGUCUUCUCAGGACGCACCUUAGCGCUCGGUACAGGCGGAGGUGGCAGUAGGACUGACAACACAAUAAACCUUGGCGCUGGAGGUGGAGGCUCAGGCUCCAACACACGAAAUGGAUUUGCCGUUGGUGCUGCCGGCGCUGGAGGUGGAGGUGGAGGUGAAAAUGAUAUCAGUAUCAACGGGGGAGGCCUUGGUGGUGCCGGAGGUGCUGGAGGUGCUGGUGCGGCCAGUGCCGGCAGUGCUACCAGUGGUGCCCGUGUUGCCAGUGGUGCCCGUGUUGCCAGUGGUUCCGGUAGUUCCAGUGGUACCAGUAGUUCCAGUGGUACCGGUAGUUCCAGUGGUGCUGGUGUUGCUGGUGGGACCAGUAGUGGAAGUGCCGGAGGUGGCGGCACCAGCUUCAGCGGUGGGCUUGGUACUGGUGUGAGUGGAGGACACAUGGACGCUACCUCUCUUCAGUUGAUGAUCCAGCAGAUGCUCAGAGCUGAAAUGCAAUCCCAGACGUUCAGAGCUUUUCUGGUAUCUUCAGGCCAUGGAGAGCGAGGGCUUCCUGGACCUAAAGGUGAUUCUGGUUACCCUGGAACUCCAGGUCCCCCAGGUGCGUUGGGACAUGCAGGCCCUGAGGGUUCUAAAGGACAGAAAGGAAGCUCAGGUGACCACGGGCUGGAGGGGCCACCGGGUCUCAGGGGUCGUGACGGCCAAGUUGGCCCCAGAGGCGAGACAGGACCUCCAGGCUUUGGAACGAAAGGGCCUCCUGGAGAUUCUGGGGUUGGACCAAAAGGUGCACCUGGAACACCAGGCGAACCUGGUGCUCAGGGUUUCCGUGGCGAGGCCGGCCCACCGGGUCCUAAAGGUGACAGAGGGCUCGCUGGAUUUCAAGGACUUAAAGGUGAAACUGGCGAGAAAGGUGUCAGAGGUAUGCAAGGUGACCCCGGUUUAUCGGGAACACAUGGACCAGCUGGAGAGAAAGGAUCCAAAGGGUCAAUGGGCCUGUCUGGACAAGAUGGUGCAAAAGGAUCGAGAGGUGACCAGGGACCUGCCGGCCCCCCCGGACUCAGGGGUCUUGCUGGGACUCACGGAGACGCUGGGAUUCCAGGAGGACCUGGGCUUCAAGGACCACCAGGGAUACCAGGAAAUCCAGGACAACCUGGAACCAAAGGGGAAAAUGGACAACCAGGCAGAAUCAUCAAUGCAGCUGGUUCCUCUUCUAUCGGCAUCCCAGGACCACCUGGGCCCUCUGGCCCCCCCGGCCCUGCAGGAUCUCCUGGAUUAUCAGGUCCAAUUGGCCCUGCUGGUCUGCCUGGCCAGACUGGUCCUAAAGGUGACAGAGGAUAUAAGGGAGACCAGGGAGAUCAAGGAUCAACUGUGAGACGGACUGAAACUAUAAGUUCCACCAGAGCUGAUAGUCAGUUUGGAGAAAGUGGAACCUCAAGAUUUUCUAGCCUACCAGGGCCACCAGGUCCUCCUGGGCCACCUGGACGUCCAGGAGAUUCGAGACAAGGACCUCCGGGACCAGCUGGGCCUCAAGGUCCUGCAGGUUACGGAAGACCAGGACCUAAAGGAGACAGAGGAGACUCAGGCCAUUCAUCCAGCUCUGGGACAUACUACACUGGACCACCAGGACCACCUGGGCAUCCUGGAGCUAAAGGAUCAGCAGGUUCUCAAGGACCAAGGGGCUUUCAAGGUGAACAAGGACAGCAAGGUGCGCCCGGUACUCCAGGAAGAUCAGGAACAUCGGAGAGAGUGUCGACUUAUGCUGGAGGAAGUGGGAUCACUGGACAACCAGGUCCACCAGGGCCUCCCGGACAUCCAGGACAGCAAGGAAUCAAAGGUGACACUGGAUCUCCUGGAAUUCCGGGUUCUUCAAGAGGCUCCAUCUCAGUCACUUCAGGCCCUCCUGGUCCUCCAGGUCCUCCUGGUCCUCAAGGACAGACGGGCUCCUUCUCCUCUUCUACCGAGAUGCGCCAGUACAUCACUGAGUAUCUGAGUAGAAGCCGGCAGUCCAGUAUCCCUGGACCUCCAGGUCCACCUGGGCCUCCAGGACACCCUGGAACCUUCUCUGGCUCCAUGGAUGACAUCUCAGCUCGUAUUAUUACAUACAUUCAAAGGUCUGGCUCUGGCCUCAGCAUCGGAGUUCAGGGUCCUCCAGGACCACCUGGUCCCCCCGGAUCCGGCUCUCGAGUCCUAUCAGUUGGUGAACUCAUUGUCAUGCUUCAGAGGUCCGAAGUGAGGAGAUAUUUGUCAGGACAACCAGGACCACAGGGACCACCAGGACCACCAGGGGCGUCAGGUGGACUUACAGGCAGUUACAGUGCAGAGCAGGUCGCCAUGUACGUCUUCAACAUCAUGAACGACAGAGGGAUUGCUCGAGGUCCACCUGGGCCACCUGGAUUACCUGGACCUGCUGGGUCUUCUGGUGGAGGAUCAUCUGGCUUUAAUACCUUAACAGUCGACUAUUCUGCACUGAUGAGAAAUACAGAGUUCCGCUCAUGGAUCAGCUCUGCCGUACAACAAGGUCCUCCUGGAUCUCCAGGUGUUCCAGGGCUAUCUGGCCCCCCCGGCCCUCAGGGGCCCCCAGGAGUCUCCACCGCCACCGUGUUUGGGGCGGGAGGUCGUGGCCAAAGCAUGGAGGACAUUCAGCGCUACCUGCAGGGUUCUGGGUUCAGAGGUCUUCCUGGUUCUCCUGGUCCACCUGGUCCACAGGGUCCACCAGGCAGUUCCUCUGGCUCGGUUUCCUACAAUGGAAACUUCCCUCGGGAGAGCAUCCGCGCUGAAGUCCAGGAGUAUCUGACCUCUGACAAUGUUCGUCGUUUCAUCACCGGAACUCCGGGGGCCACAGGACCUCCAGGUCCAAGGGGACCUCAAGGAGAACGCGGAGAGCAGGGUUACAGCCAAAGCUACGUGCAGAGCCAGAGUUACGCUCAGGGUGACGCCCGCUUCCGCACUGACCAGACGCUGGACUACUCCAACGUUGCUUUGAGAGUUACGGACUACAUCAGGAAUCAAGGCCUGUUGAAGGAGUACAUGGUCGAGGGGCAGUCGAGGACGAACGUGAGAGCGAUUCAAGGCGCUCCGGGUCCACCUGGUCCCGCCGGACCACCUGGCUACAGCCGCGUCAUCGGGUCCUACGGUAACGUCACGGCUGACCUCAUGGAAUUCUUCAGAGCCUACGGCACCAUCCCCGGUCCUCCAGGAAGCAUUGGACCACAGGGAGACAGAGGAUACCCAGGACCCAGAGGAGAAAAGGGUGAUCCUGGACAGCCAGGUCUAGCAGGAUUACCAGGGUCGUACACGAUCCAGGUUCCACACAAAGUGCAGAAGAGGGACACAGUCAAUAAAGUGCGGCGGCGUCGCCAGCUGCCUCCUCGUCUGGCAAAGAGUGGCUGAAGGGUUAACCAACUACUGGAUCAUGUCAGAUUUCAUUUCCAUUUUACUUCACUUUUUUUUAAUUUUAGGCUUUCAGCAGCAGUAGCAAUGCAAGUAGUCAAAAAGAAGAAAAAUGCUCCUUAUUCUUGCCAUCUGUAGAAAUGUCACAGGACAGUUUGAGAAAAUAAAAGUGGCCAAAGAAAGCAUCCGUCUCUUUUAAAAACUUCAGCCGAGGUAAAGGGUUCAGCUGCCGGUCAGUGUUUCUAUAAGACAGGCUUCAGUUUUCACUUUCACAUGUGGGUGUAUAAUGUUUACUUCGCUGAGCUAGACGCUUGUAUUCAAACAUUUGGGGCAGCUUUGUCAAAGAGAGGAUUUAUUUUUAAGUGAUAGGAAGCAAAUGGCUGAUAUUUUUAGUUUGAACAUUUUCCACUGCUUGUGUCAUGACUCCAGCGUCCGGUGUACUUAUUUUUUGAAUUGUAUCUGUUGAGGAUUAUAUUGUAUUGAGGAUUAUAUUCUGUUUUAAUUGUUUCAUGUUGUAUCAAAGCAAAGCAUUGCAAUAUUAACCACGUAUGUCAAACCAACCUUCAGUCUUUAAGACCCCUGGAAGUCGCCCAUUCGGUCACUACAUACAAAUCACAGAACAAUAUGCAUUUUUUUUAAAGUUUAUGAAGCAAUACGCCAUCAUCAGAGGCAAACACGGCCCGGUUUGAGGGGGGGGGGGGGGCGGUUUGCGGAGCACAGGUGGGGUUGGUUUGGGUCGACGCACUUAAAAGGUUUUUGUUAUUAAAUCACAUUUUUCACAUGGUUGAAAGACAGGGACUCGUAAUCACUUUUAAAUGACAGAUUUUUGUACUAGACCACACUGAAAUUGAUAUAUUUUCUUGUUACCUGUUACUGUUGAACAUAUUAAAUUAUAAAAAUGUUACCAGAGUGUGUUUUACAUGAUUGAACUUAUUGACAUUUGAUCAAUAUAUUUGAAAGGCGUACCAAUAAAUCUAUUUUUUGGA